UGCCAGAUCGUCACCAUCAUGGGUCGCAUGCACGCUCCCGGGAAGGGCCUGUCCCAGUCUGCUCUGCCGAACCGCCGCAGCGUGCCCACGUGGCUGAAGCUCACCUCAGACAACAUGAAGGAGCAGAUCUACAAGCUGGCCAAGAAGGGCCUGACACCCUCCCAGUUCGGUGUGAUCCUGAGGGAUUCUCAUGGCGUGGCACAAGUACGCUUUGUAACUGGCAACAAAAUUUUGAGAAUUCUAAAGUCCAAGGGACUUGCCCCUGAUCUUCCUGAAGAUCUUUAUUACUUGAUCAAGAAAGCUGUUGCUGUUCGAAAGCAUCUUGAGAGAAACAGAAAGGAUAAGUAUUCUAAAUUCCCUCUGUUUCUGAACGAAAGCCGAAUUCAUUGGCUGGCCCAGUACUACAAGACCAAGAGAGUGCUCCCACCCAGUUGGAAAUAUGAAUCAUCCACAGCCUCUGCUCUGGUUGCAUAAGUUUUGGUUUGUGUACUAAAAUAAUA